UCUAAUUUAUCUUCUUCGCAGGUUUUCCACCCGACAGCAACCCAUCUCCAGUCAUGUCGCUGGAUAUGCUGUCCGCUUGCGGUUGGCCGUUGCCCGGCAUCAACGUCACCGGCAGUCAUACGAACCCACCGAAGGUGACACUGGUCCAGGAGCAGUUCGGAGUCGAUGGAUCCUUCCUGUUGGCUAACAUGCUGGUGAACCAUCUCAAGGCAAACACCCAGGCAAACAGCGUACUGCUCAUCGCAACACACCACACAUCGGCACACUACGCGGGCGUGUGCAAGAAGCUCGCAUUCAACACGGAAGCUGCCGUAAAAAACCAUCAAUUGACCAUGGUCGACGUGCUGGAGCAUCUGUACUCGCAGGGUGGCACCACGGGAGCCCUCAACCUGUUGCAGCACAUUGGCCAGCAGAUGAAGGAGGCCCGCCAGGCGCACCCAUCGAACCUGCUGGUUAUCGUGGACGAUCUAACAUUCUACGCCGUGAUGCACCCGAGUGGAGCUGAAAAUCCCGUGAUCGAUUUCUUCGACGAACAACUCAGCAUGGCAUCCCCGUCCCGACCGGAUCAUAUCGUGCUGAAAGUGAACGCGUCUGAAUGUUACGGCCGUUUGUGCGCGUAUCUUCGAGACCAGGCCGAGGUGGUUGUCACACUUGAGCCUCUUUCGUCGGGUAACUUCCGUGAGGUGGAUGGACGGUUUACUGUGCACCGACGGGAACGGACUGCGACCUCCCAACUCGAGCUGCUGGAGCACCAUCGAACGCUACUGUACAAGGUGGGCGAACGCCAGAUACGUACCUAUGUGCCAGGAGAGCUAGGAAUAAAAAACCUAUGAGUAGCGCCAGU